AAAUGAAACAACUUAACAUACAUAAACAUAACCUAUUUUUACUUAUAAACUGUUUCUGUUGUCAAAUCAUGUUUACGGACAGAUUAAGGAAAAGACAAGCCCCUCGGCCCCCCCGCAACACCAUCGGAGCCUACACCAGAGAACAAAAACUCGUAGCCGCCGUUUGGUACCACGAAAGACUGUACACUGGAAUGACCAUCGAUCAAUUAGCCAUCAAUUUUGAAAUAAGAUUCAAAGCGAAAUCGCCCGACAGCAAUCUUUUGAGCAAAUGGGACCGGAAGCUAUUCAAAGACGGCCGUUUCAAGGAACCUGGCCAAAAGGUCCCUAGGACUACCAUACAUCGGUGGGUUUACAUACCUUACAUCAAGGAAUCUUUUAUUAAGUUUCCGGGUUUAUUGAAUAAAGCCAGGGCCAAUAUGCUCGGCUUAUCGGAUAGCUCUUUAAAAAGAAUUCUAAAGAUUGAUAUUAGCGAGGAAGAAAUUGAACUAUGGAAGAAACAAGGUAGGGAAAAAGCAGCUCUCUUAAGAAGAUGUAGUACCUCAUUGGAUGAUGUUGAGGGCAGCUGUUCGAAAAAGAAUAAUACUGAUAAGGAAAUAGAUCCAGUUGCCGAUAACGAGACCAUUAAGGUAGAAAUAGCAGAUGAAGAUUUACAUGAAGAAAUCUUCAUUAAAAGUGAAGACAUUGAAAAUUAGUGUCAUUUUAAGUGUAUGAAUAUCCUAAGAAGGUGUUGACAAGUGAUAUGUACUAUUUAUAAAAUAAUGUAGACAUUUAUUUGGGUUUGGUAAUGUACAGACACCCUUUAAAUUGUAAAUAAAUAAGUAAAUAAUAG